AUGACGAAAAAGGGCCCUCCCGGGGAUCUUUAUGUAUAUCUUGAUGUUGAAGAAAUAGAAGGAAUUCGAAGAGAUGGGAUUAAUCUCUCUUCAACAGUAUCCAUAAGCUAUCUGGACGCCAUAUUGGGAACUGUUGUUCAGUUUAAAAUUAUCUGCAACAACGUUCUGGUAAUCUUGUUCAUGAUGCUUCUUGCUCACACAGUGAUUGCUCCUUUCACUAUGUCACAUGCUUAUUGUGCUUCUGCACUUUCCGGACCAAAUAGUUUAUUGUAUCUGUCUGAGCUUUCAGAAUCGAAAUUCUUUUACUGGACUAACUUGAUUGUUAAAACAGUUGAAGGAUUAACAACACUACAAAUUCCACCGGGUACCCAACCAGGUGAUAUUCUAGUCCUGGCCAAAAAAGGAGUACCAAAGAUAAACAAGCCAUCUAUUCGUGGUGACCAUGUGUUUACAAUAAAAGUAGCCAUACCGAAUCGUAUCAGUGUCAAGGAACGUGAAUUGCUUGAAGAACUUGCUUUACUCAGUAAUACUACCGCCAGCCGUUCACGUACUCGACCCAAGACUCAGCCAGUUGCAAAGACUCAAACUGAGGUGGGAACUGUUGCAGAUGAAACAGUGGAAGAAGAAGAUUCGAGUGACCCAUGGAAGAAGUUAAAAGACUUUGCGGGGUCUGUUGCAAAUGGUGCUUUAAAAUGGCUGAGAGAUAACCUCUAGUCCGGUAUCAGUCAACUACAAUAUAAGCACUAGAUACUUUUCUUCUUCUCAGACUCCCUUCAGGAAUGGUCUUGAACGAGCCUUGCAGUCAUCUAUUCUGCUUUUUACCCUUACCAAAUUGGACAAC